AUGUCUUCAACCUUUUGUCUCGGUCAAUUUAUCAUCCCAGUAAGCCUCCCCAGUCCUGUAAACCUCACUUAUGAUUUACCUCAGCUUGUGUUCCUACAACGAGGGCACAAACUAGUCCACAUAUAUUGUGAAACACGCACCCGAUUUGGUGAUCUGAGUGAAAAACAGAGCCAAUACUUGGGUCCACUUUUAGGGCCCGUCUCAAGCUGUUCAACUCCAGUUACUUGUUCGGAAAUCCCCCCCAAUGAAGUGGCUCUAGUCAAAUUGCGUGCAUUUCUUGUAACAAAGAAUUGCAUAACACCUCAGCUACGGGGCUGUGUGUUCAGCCGAUCCGAAAAGAUACCUGAAGUACAGUCAGCUUUUGCAGCUUCGGAGGUCGAGCUCACUCCAAUUUGGAACUACAACCCAGAUGUUUUCUUCAAAAUUCCGCACUUCACCUCUCGAAUCUCCCCCAACAGUCCGUUUGCCGGACCACCCCCAACACUUUCUGCAUCACUUCGACAAUGCCGAACAAAUCUGAAAUCCCAUCAACUAUCUGCCCUCAGCUUUCUACUGAGGAACGAGCAUCCCAACAACAAUACAAAGGACUUGUGGUACCACGACGACAACGCCUGGCUUCGUCACUACUUUGACGAAGAGUCUGUGUCCAGCGAGACAGAACCCCCCGAAGAUGACAGGUCGCAAGGUUCAAUACUUGCUGAUGAUAUGGGAUUAGGGAAGACGUUAACAACACUAGCUUUUAUAUUGGCUACAUGUGAAGAAGGAAGACGCUUUCGAAAGGCCGAUCCCGAAAACCGAUCUUCGGCUACCUUAGUAAUCUGCCCUCUGGCAACGCUAUCCAACUGGCAAAACGAAAUCAGCCUUCAUUUCAACAAUCAUGCAAUUACUUACAAGGUGUUCCAUGGGGAUGAUCGAAAGAAAAUGACUAAAGAAGACCUGCAGUCUAGCAUGAUGAUCUUGACGACGUACGAAAUGAUUACAACAAGUGGGAACAAGAGACAUCACCACCAACUCACAAUUGAAUCUCUCGACCUUUUUUGGUUCAGAGUUGUCUUGGACGAGGCACAGAAUCCAAUAACAAAUCGGACACAGAGCAUUCAGAACCUUCACAAGCAGUUCGUGCUUUGCUUAACAGGAACACCAGUCCAAAACCGAUUGACCGACUUGCAAAGCUUGAUAACGCUCUUGAAUAUCCAUCCUUGGAAUGAAGAAUGGGUGUGGAAAUGCUGCCUGAUUCCUCAAAUGAACGUUGGCGCUCAACAAGCAAUCAAGACUGUAAAUAGACUAAUGCAAGCCAUUUGCUUGAGAAGAACCAAGGAGGUUCUUCUCCAACUCCCAGAAAAAGUCGAGAAGAUUAUAGUUGUCAACAUCAGCCCAAAAUGGGAGGAGGUUUCACAAAUGCUGCACACAACUUUCAUCGAUCUUUUUGGAAGGCUACGAACUGCGGGGGAAAGAUGGGAUUCUUCUGAGUUUUUCAGACAGUUGACGAUGCUUCGUCAAUUUUGUAAUCAUCCUUUAUUUGCGCGAUCGGAGAUUGAAUUCCAACCAGAAUGGCGAUGGCAGGAUUCGGCAAAAGUUGUCCAUCUAGUCAAUAAUCUGAAGGUGUUUUUGGAAGGAGUUAGAGGAAUUAACAGGACCAAGGCAGUGGUUUUUUCUAGCUUUACAGGUUUUCUGGGGAUUAUUGAACGGGCGCUUGAAGAGAACAAUAUCAAAUCAACCUGGCUCACGGGGGACGACACUCCAAAGAAACGGGAUGAAAACUUGGAAGAAUUUCGAACCAACAACACCUGUAAUGUCUUAUUGGCUUCAGUACAAGCAGGUGGGGUCGGAAUUGAUCUGCGGUGCGCUCAGAAUGUGUACAUGAUGGUUGGAACCCCGCAGCAGAGAUUCAGGCUGUUGACCGACUAUACAGGCUAG